GGAGACGACGGCCCUUCCGCUCGGAGAGGUACUCCUUGCCUCUAACUGGUGGCGCGUCGGCGGGGGCCGACGAGAGCCUCGGGUGGGGCGUGAGCGCCGCGGGGCAUUCUGGACCUGCUUUGCCUUAGGCUGUGCCUAAUUCGAAACCAAAGCGCGGGACGGAUGAAAGUACGGGUCGCGAGAGGUUGUUCGCGCCUUGAGAGUUAAGCGAAGUGUGGUGGCUUCCAAGGAAUACAAACAUAAAGGCCCUCGACCGUUGCAAAUAGACUAAAGUGAAAACAAAUCUGAAUGAAGAUGAAGUUAUUUCAGACCAUUUGCAGGCAGCUCAGGAGUUCAAAGGGGUUUUCUGUGGAAUCAGCCGCCCUUGUGGCUUUCUCUACUUCCUCUUACUCAUGUGGUCGGAAGAAAAAAGUGAACCCAUAUGAAGAAGUGGACCAAGAAAAAUACUCUAAUUUAGUUCAGUCUGUCUUGUCAUCCAGAGGCGUCGCCCACACCCCAGGAUCGGUGGAGGAAGAUGCUUUGCCCUGUGGACCUGCGAGCAAGCAUAAGCCGCCAAACCAAGAUGAGGACAGACGAGUGCCACAAAACUGGUUUCCUAUCUUCAAUCCAGAGAGAAGUGAUAAACCAAAUGCAAGUGAUCCUUCAGUUCCUUUGAAAAUCCCCUUGCAAAGGAAUGUGAUACCAAGUGUGACCCGAGUCCUUCAGCAGACCAUGACAAAACAACAGGUUUUCUGGUUAGAGAGGUGGAAACAGCGGAUGAUUCUGGAACUGGGAGAAGAUGGCUUUAAAGAAUAUACUUCAAACAUCUUUUUACAAGGGAAACGGUUCCACGAAGCCUUGGAAAGCAUACUUUCACCCCAGGAAACCUUAAAAGAGAGAGAUGAAAAUCUCCUCAAGUCUGGUUACAUCGAAAGUGUCCAGCAUAUUCUGAAAGAUGUCAGUGGAGUGCGAGCUCUUGAAAGUGCUGUUCAACAUGAAACCUUAAACUAUAUAGGUCUGCUAGACUGUGUGGCUGAAUAUCAGGGCAAGCUGUGUGUGAUCGAUUGGAAGACAUCAGAGAAACCAAAGCCUUUUAUUCAAAGUACAUUUGACAACCCACUGCAAGUUGUGGCAUACAUGGGUGCCAUGAACCAUGACACCAACUACAGCUUUCAGGUUCAAUGUGGCUUAAUUGUGGUGGCCUACAAAGACGGAUCACCUGCCCACCCACAUUUCAUGGAUGCGGAGCUCUGUUCCCAGUACUGGGCCAAGUGGCUUCUUCGACUAGAAGAAUAUACGGAAAAGAAAAAGAACCAGAAUAUUCAGAAACCAGAAUAGGGAACAGGAUGCUAUUUGGGAACAUUCAGCACCUUCUCACAGUUUGGGAACAUAUAUUGCCAUUUACUCCAGUGUAAAAAUGAGGUGCCACUGGAUCUGAGUGCUACACGAACACAAGUAGAAGUAUUAAUUUGUUGAAAUGUAUUGUUACCAAAAAGACUGAAAAGCCCCAAAGUCUGGAUAUAAAGAGCUAGACUUCGGCACGCGAAAUCCCAGCUAUGCUACCUCUUAUUUACCUGAAAGGAGGACACGCAGGAUGGGCAGUCACGCUGGUGACUCUUGGACUCCCUGGAGGGAUGUUUUUUUCGGGGAGGGGGUGGGUGUCCCAGGCAGGAUGCCCAGUCUUUGAGCUGAGAUUGGAAGGCAGUGAGGCUGAGGGUGCCAAGAUUUCCCCAGGGUUCACCCAGAGGGGAAGGGGCUACACGCCCCCAGCUAUGUGCAGGGAGGACACAUCAGCCCACUACCGCUGCCAGCACCAAUGCCUAAAACUUGUUUCAUACAUUGGGGUUUUCUAUAUAUUUCAGUUGGGAAAAGCUUACAUUUAACCUUUUAAAAAAAUAAAUACAUGAUUAGCCUCAACUAAACAUUGCUGACUAUAAAGACAGAGUAUAUUCACCAUGUUGCUGGCAAUAUGCCAUUGCAUAACACCAAAUAACCCCCAGAAGUAGCCAGAGGCCAGUAUGAACAUCACAGUUGUAAGUGUUUUAGUAGCUAUUUCUGGCGUGAGUCAACAGAUCAUGUAGAUAGAGUCAAUUAUUGUUUGUGGAGUUUUUCAGCUAUAGGGGAGGGGAACUAUUAAAAUCCAUUUGUUUCUAUUCAACAGGUAAUAAAAAUUAGUUGUCCCUGGGUUUGGGAAACUUAAAUGCCCAUUACAGCCCUGGGGAAGGGUUUUCUGUCUUAUGGAGUGAGUCUGUUAGCAUUUAAGUUAUAGUUUCUGCCUUAAAAUAGUAGCCUGCUACAGUGACUUCUUUGGGUAGCCAUUUUCAUAAGAAAUAAAAUACAAGAUAUGAGUAAUGAA